CAAUAUUGUGCAUCAUCACUUCUGACCUAGUCUGACCGAGACAUAUUGCAUUCCUGCUGCCGGCUGCUGUAAGGCGUGAGUCUUUUGUGCCUAACUUUUGGUCAGCAGCGAGCUUGUCUGUGCAUGUAUUUCUUCACGUGGCUCGGCACGAAAUUUGUUUGCCCGAGCCGACAAUCCCUGGCUUGGCUGAGCCAGAGCGUGCGAACCUAAGGUGCUCAGCUUCCAGUUCGAUUUGCCGAGGAUCUGCUCAUCAUAGGGCUUUGUUGGUUUCCAGCUGCCUUGCUUUAGACGUUCAGCUCGGGACAAGUUGUUGGGCAGUAAUUUACAGGAACAGAAUUUGGACCAAACCCAUGAUUUGGAGGCGCGGUCGUUGAUUUGGUUUGUGCUGCUCCAUUUGGGAACUACAUAUGCAGGGAGUUUCGAGUUCACAAUGCAAUCUUUGCCUAUCGUCAUUUGGUCGGAUCUGCGCUUGGCAUCUGGGCUGCUGACUGGUGGUGGCAACGGCCAACAGUGCUUUCUGUGGUAGUCAAGGUUUCACUGGUGCUUGCAGCAUGCAAAGCAGCGGACGUGGCCACCGAGAUGAUCGGAAGCACGGAAGCUCGAACCACGAAUUCAAUGCCAUAUCCGAAGAAGACUUCAGAAACCAUUGAGCAGGUCGCCAAGAAGUUCUAUGCAAAGUCGCAAUUUGCAGCGACUGCGUUGGCAGCCUUUGGGACACCGUCACUCAGUUUUUGCUCCAUCCUGGCCAUAGAGCUGGCAUCCUUGCUGAUGACUCUGGUGCGAAAGGGCAUCAUAGAGGCACGCACCUAUCACAUUGUUUAUGCUUUUUCGCUCUUCAUUAUGUUUCCAUGCUUGGUCGCGACGAUUCAUUCCGGUGACGAGCUGGCUGAGAUGGCGGCCUUUCGAGGCUUGACAGCGUGCGCUUUGGCCGUGGAUCUGCGCCUCACGUAUGGCUUCUCCAAGUACAUCACAUGGGCGAUUUCAAUCGUUGGAGGAUAUUUCUUGGUGGAUAUGCUAUGCCCUGUGAUGGGUGUGACCGUGUUCAAAUGGUUCUUUGCUUGGCCUGGCAUGAUGUGGUCUGCUGCAGACACACUGAGAAGUUUCUACAAUGUGAAGGACAAGUCAUGGUCAAAUGAAGGCGCGGCACAACAAGCGGAGACGGAGAAGAAGGCGGAUAUGGAUCCGCAACCUGCAGGAGAUGAGGGACACGCGACCAAAGAGGAAGUCGCCAAAGGUUCCUUCCCAUAUGUGACACCCAGCCUCGGCUGAUACACCGACCAAAGAGCGACAUCGGAACUGCAGAAGCUGCAAGAGGAAAGUUUGGAUGAAUUUGCGGAGCUUCUCAAAGAAGCGUACUUGUGAAGCCGCGAAGCCUGGCGUCCUCUGUUUUCCCUCAGCAUUUGCCGGGCAGGACGUUGAGAAGAUUGGCGAUCAAGUUUCUUAUUGAGGGCUCCCAGCAGCUCCAACUCCAAUGAUUGCGAGCCAUGCGAGUUCGUUUCACCACUUCAUGUCUUCACUGGGCACGCUCAAAGACUGUGUGCACAGCGUCGUCGGAAGAAAAGCACUGCCAGCA